AUGGCCGAACCCGACGCAAAGGCUGCGCCAGCCGGCAGCGGGUCUGCAGGACCUGUCAAGCCUGAGAAGCCUCCGAACCCAGUAUGGCGAAUGAUGGGCUUGCCAAACUUCCGCUUCAGACUCCCCUCGCGCAAUUGGAUGAUAUUCCUUUCAAUCACGGGAUCAUGGACUGCCGCUGUCAUGUACGAUCGCCGCGAGAAGAAGCGCAUACAACGCAAGUGGUCGAAGCUCGUGGAACACAUCGCACAAGAGCAUUUGGAUACACACCAACUAGCUCGGAAGGUCACCAUAUACAUUUCUGCGCCACCAGCAGACGGAUUGGUACCCGCCCGCGACCACUUCCACGAAUACGUAAAACCCAUACUUGUUGCAGCAGCGCUAGAUUGGGACGCGAUCGAGGGCCGAAGAGAGGGAGAUGUCAGAGCUGGGCUAGCCGAGAGGAUACGAAAGCUGCGGAAACAAAAAGGAGAGCCGACGAGCGAACCUCUAGAAGCGGGGAUUGAGGAGUCGCUUGCUGAAAUGAGGCAGAGAUCUGGCGUGCAGGAGUGGGAUGGCAUAUAUGGAGAUGUUGUCAUCGGAAGACACACAUGGAAAGAGUAUGUUAGAGGACUACAUGAGGGCUGGCUCGGCCCGCUAGAUCCUCCUGUUCAACCCGCAGAACUCACACCCGCCAAUUUCCCGGUGCCGCAAAUUGAAGAAUCGACGCCGAAACCCACACCUCAAAGUACACCAGGCGCGGAGCCAGUGGUCGUGCACGCGACCGACGACGCUUCUCCCCAGGCUCUUCCCGACACACCUAUGCCAGAAGAAGGCGAUAAGCCGAAAGAGGAAGAGAACAAGCCAAAGAAAAAGAAGCAGCCACCGCCAUUCAUCAAGCCCGACGAAUACGAGAAUGCUGUCGUCUCACCGUAUUGCCCCCAGGCGCUUGGUCCCGCAGCAGUCGUGCCAUUCCCACAUCUGCUAGGUUUCUGGAACUUCCCCAUCCGCAUGUACCGCUUUCUCAACAGGCGCCAAGUAGCAGACGAUAUUGGCAGACAAACAGCAGCCGCAGUUUUGGGCGCAUACAGACCUUUCGAAGUUGCGGGUGAGACUGCCAACGUCAGCGGGAACGAUGAAAGCAGCAGCGCAAAAUGGGAGCAACAGAGGUUGCUUGCGCAAGAGGAGGCCGACUACCACAAGACGGCACGGGACCGAAGUAAAGACGAGGAAGGAAAAGAGCGAGUGUGGCUCGACGACAUGGUGCUCGAUCCCCGCAUCGCAGAGCGCAUGAGGAGAUUCGUAAUAGACGCUGAAGUAGAAGAACGCGCCAACAACUUGCCCGCAGACAAAAAGGAGUCAUGGUUUGCUGGAUUGUGGCCAAAAGAGCAGAAAAAAGGCCUCUGGGAAGGAUUGAGCGAUGAUGAAUGA